AUGGAAGAAACAUUGAAAAGAGACGUCAGGAGAGUUGAUGCAACUUGUAUAGACCAGAGAUUGGUUGAAUCAAUAAUAAAGCCAUACCACGGAACAACAACCCUUGCCUUUGUGUUUAGGGAGGGGAUGGCCAUAGCGGUCGAUUCAAGAGCUACGUCUGGAUCAUAUAUAGCUUCCCAGACCGUGAACAAGGUAAUUGAGAUAAACAGGAAUUUGCUUGGAACGAUGGCUGGGGGAGCUGCAGAUUGCUUUUUUUGGGAGAAGCUUAUGGGUUUGUAUGCAAAGAACUAUGAGCUCACCAAUGGGAGAAGGAUAACUGCAGCAGCAGCAAGCAUGUACCUAAGCAAUUGUGUGUACAGAUAUAAGGGAUACGGGCUCUCGAUGGGAACAAUGAUAUGUGGAUAUGAUGGGUCCAUGCCAAGUAUUUACUAUGUUGAUGACGAUGGAAGGAGAAUUAAGGGCAAUCUGUUUUCUGUGGGUAGCGGGUCCACAAUAGCUUAUGGAAUUCUUUCUUCGUCUUAUAGGUUUGAUAUGGAUAAGGAGGAGGCUUUGGAGCUUGCGAAGAGGGCUAUUUUCCACGCAGCGCACCGAGAUGCAUACUCUGGAGGAUCUAUCAAUCUAUACUAUAUGGACGAGUCUGGAUGGGUUAAGGUAGGGUCUUAUGAUGUUGACGACUUUAACAAAGAGUAA